UAUUAUAUAAAUAGAUAAACAAAGAGCGGGGAGUUGAUCUUUUGCCACGAUGAUGAGAUGUAUGAAUGGUCUGAGAUUUAAUUCAUUAUAGUGCAAAAUAUCAGUAUUGAAGGACCACGCUAUCAAGUUGGUGCAGUGUGUUACGGUUUCAGAUACCAACAAAAUGGAAGUUUGUGAGGAACAAGGUUUUUUUCAUCAGGAUUACGACAAAUUUCGUGCGACGAUCAGCGAACGCGAAUUCCAAGCAUUCUCUCACAUGGAACAUGACGAACAACGGGUUCGCUUUGUGAAUGAAGUGCUCGGACAACGUUGCAAGGAUCUUUGGAAAUUUAAGCGACAAAAUGAGUGUGGAAAAAAUCUUCCGGAGGCAUGGGAACAGAAGGAUUUGGGAGAUCAAGCGCUGCAAUAUAAACAGUGGAACGAUGCACUGAAGCAUUUCAACAAGGCCAUGCUUUUGAUGCCGUCCGACAAUGAUCUAGAAAAGUCGAUCGUUUUAGCUAACCGUUCCGCAGUAUUAUUUCGUCUGAAUAAAUUCGAAGAAGCUCUACAGGAUAUCGAUUUAUCCAUCCAUCUGGACUACCCCAAAUGCAUGCAGUAUCAAUUAUCGGAACGCAAGGCACGUUGUUAUCUCGGACUGAGGGAUCUACCUGCUGCUCUUGAGUUUUAUAGGGAGACAUUCACAGCACUAAAAUACUCGGAUUUGGGUCCAGAAAUGCAAACAAAAAUGAUCUCUGACACCGAGAAAUAUAUUGAGGAUUUAGAGCUUCGUAUUGCAAACGUAAAAAAGUAUCUAGAGCCUGUUAAGCACAGUUUGGUUAAAAAGUUCGUAGCCUAUAUAGAUAAAUCAGUAUUUUUUGAUCAUACUGAAGGUGAGGGUAGAUUUGCUUGUACAAAGGCAGAUUUGAAACCUAAUCAAUUGGUGCUUAAGGAGUUACCACACGCUUCAGUAGUUAUUACUGAAUGCAGUUCAACGCAUUGCGAUCAUUGCUGCCUUCGAGUGGAUGUUCUCUUCUGUUGUCCGAAAUGUGUAGAUGUUGUAUUUUGCUCUCAGCGCUGUCAGGAGACAGCUUGUUCUAGUUACCAUAGGUACGAAUGCGGAUGUCUACAAUAUUUAAGGAACUCUGGUGCAAAUGUUGUGUGCAUGCUAGCUCUGAGGAUCGUAACGCAAAAAUCUUUUGACUAUUUUUAUGAACUCAAAGAUGAACUGAAGCAACUAGAAAGUGAGAAAACUGACGGUCACCCGACUGACGACUACAGACGAGUGUACAAUUUUGUCACCCAUUCUGAGCAAAGAACUACUGAGGAUUACCUCAAAUGGACUCUAAUGGCAGCGUUUCUGAAUGCGAUUCUUAAAACGGCUAGUUUUUAUGAAAAGGAUUCGUUAGAUGAAUUCAUCGGCACUAUUUUGCUUCAUAACAUGCAAAUAGUAACGUACAGCUCACACGAAAUUUCUGAACUGCAACGCAGAAAAGAACAGGAUUCGGGAAAUUCUGUUUGCAUUGGAGCUGCUCUUUACCCAACGCUGGUGUUGUUCAAUCACUCGUGCGACCCUGGAAUAACCAGAUACUUCAUCGGGAACGCAGUGCAUGUACGAACCGUCAAAAAUAUCUCAGCUGGUUCGAUGAUUGCCGAGAAUUAUGGGCAGUUAUUUGUGAGAUCUGAACUGUUGGAAAGGCGAUAUUCCUUAAAAUCCACAUACAAAUUCGACUGCAACUGCCAGGCGUGUGAUGAAAACUGGCCUACGUUUUAUGAAAUGAGACCCGACAUGUUGAGGUUUAAAUGCACAGGAAGCAAAUCAUGCAACAAUGCUUUGGUGUUCACUAAUAAUUCACCACAAAUAAUGAAGUGUAAAAAAUGUGGAGAGGUGACUGACAUCGAAAGCUGCUUCCAAUCGUUGAAGGACAUAGAUAUGUUGAAUCAGUACAACGAAGCUACUCGUCUUUAUCAACAGCGAGAAUAUGACAGAGCGCUGUCUAAAUAUGCAGCCAUUAUGAACGCAUUAGAUCAAGUUCUGGUUCAGCCUUAUCGCGAGUAUCAUCUUUGUCAACAAGGAAUCCGGAGAUGUUCAUUGGAAUUGGGAAAUAAGUACACGGAAAGAUCGUAAUUUGUUUAAAAAUUAUUUCUUUGUUUUUUUUUCGUGAUGUAAUUUGAUUCCGUACACCCUUUACUAAGUAGUUUGUAGGUAAAACGUGGAGUAGUGAGAAGUAUUCUGACAGAAUCGAUAUAUUAUCAUCACCUGUUUGUACCUUACCUUUGUUGUACAAGAUUAGGAAUGUCUACAUCCAACAAACCCAGCGAAUAAACAUACUCGAUUGAGCACAUAUGGAAAACACGUGCAAGGUGGAUCACAGAAAUACUGUGUGGAACAUUUUUGUUAUCGAAAACUUUUGUACAUUCAAAAUUAGCUAAUACGUUGAAAAUAAAAGGCUCACUAUUGCCACCUACUCGAUUGUUCUCAUCAAUCUUACAAAACGUUACACUUCGUUCCGGAACGACAACAUUGUUUUCUUGUCUAUUUGUAGAAUAACUAGAACUUUUGUUCCAUAAGGCGACGGAAAGCAAACUAGCCCAAAUAAAAUUCAUAUUGU